UAUGGAGUCUUGAUAUGUUGAGUUUGUGAGUGAAGGCGAAAACAGCGCUGGAAUUUCCUCCUCUUGCGCGGGAAAACCACCACUGCUACUCACACUCAAACUCCGUAGCUCGGCCGUUACCGGAAAGUGUCUUCCAGUCGUAAUAGUAUCCAGGGGGAUUUGGGUUUCGUUGCUGCUGUUUGCCCUAGGAUAGCUCCCCUGGCUAAGGUUAGCCUAGGCUGCUAGCGGAUCUCAAUGGGAAUUUACAGCCUUGUGUGUCUCUUUUGCGCGCUAGCGGGCUGAAUGCAGCCACGCGCCUCCCGCCGCACUGGGCUCUUUCAGCCGCCGCUGCUGCAUCAUUCACGUGGUUUAUUGACACCUGGACACGAGGAGUACUGGAUUAUCAUGCCGAGCUCAAGUUUAUUUUGAAGGAUUGCGAUAUGUGCUCUCUUGGAGUUGUCAAUCAUCCCGGUGGAUCUAACAUGUAACUUCAUCAUGCUGAUCUGCGCUUAUCCAGUCUGCAUGUUUUUCUAUUGUUUUUACCCCUUGAAACAUCAAUGACUGCACACAAGCUGAUUUUGGACGGAUACUUUUGAGAACUUUCCCAAGUGAGUGUGCGGCGGCAGACCGGGCAGUAUUUUAAAUAAACUGUCAGCUCUUAAAAAAUACAAUAAAACAUGGCUUCGGUGUGGAAAAGACUGCAGCGUGUUGGGAAACAUGCUUCCAAAUUCCAAUUCGUAGCCUCCUACCAGGAACUCAUGGUGGAAUGCACUAAGAAAUGGCAACCGGACAAACUAGUUGUCGUCUGGACUCGCAGGAGUCGAAGGAAAUCUUCCAAGUCUCACAGUUGGCAGCCUGGCAUCAAGAACCCCUACAGAGGCGUGGUGGUGUGGCCUGUGCCAGAGAACAUUGAGAUUACUGUUACACUCUUUAAGGAUCCCCACGCUGAAGAGUUUGAAGACAAAGAGUGGACAUUUGUUAUCGAGAAUGAAUCUCCAUCAGGCCGUCGGAAAGCGCUGGCCACGAGCUGUAUUAAUAUGAAGCAGUAUGCCAGUGCCAUGCCCACACAAACAGACGUCAAGCUCAAGUUCAAGCCGCUGUCCAAGAAAGUGGUUUCUGCAACACUGCAGUUCUCCCUGUCCUGCAUCUUCCUUAGAGAGGGCAAAGCCACCGAUGAAGACAUGCAGAGUCUGGCCAGUCUGAUGAGUAUGAAGCAGGCUGAUAUUGGCAAUCUGGAUGAUUUUGAAGAGGAGAAUGAAGAAGAUGAGGAGAACAGAGUGAAUGAGGAGGAGAAGGCUGCCAAGAUCACUGAGAUUGUGAGACAGCUGAAUGCUCUCAGCUCAAUAGAUGGAGAUCCAGACGACUGCCUAAAGCAAGCAAAUAAACCUGCCUCUUCUUCUGAAGAGCUGAUCAGUAAGUUGAACUUGCUGGAUCAGGAGGACCAUGACCAGAGGAACAUGAGCUCUAACCCCUUCGAUGAACCUAAUGACCCGGUUGACCUCAACCCUUUUGGUGACCCGGAUGAGGACGAACCAUCCCCUGAGCCUCAUGUGCAGUCCACUUUCAAAGAUCAGCACACUGUAUAUGAUCAAGACACCUCCCAUCCCUCGAACCCUUUUGAUGAGCCUGAGCCAGACCCUGAUCCUCAGCAAUACAGGAAUCCAUUUGACGAACUCGAACCGGAGCCCCAGCCCAAAAGAUCGCCACCUAGAAGCAGCAAGAGGAAAAAUGUGCGGCCAGUGGACAUGAGCAAAUACCUGUACGCUGACACUGCCAAGACUGACGAGGACGAGCUAGAUGAUUCAAACCCAUUCUAUGAGCCCAAAUCCUGUGGUCCAGCCAUGUCCACCACAGAAAUUGGCUUCUCUGAAAGGAGCACCAAACAACAGGCCCCUCAGCCUCCUAGUGUUGGCCCCAACCCUGCCACGACCCCUGGAGUCAUGGCACCAAAGGCUGAAGCCUUUGUGGCCACAGCCACUCUGCCUGCCCUGGCACCAUCAGUUGUCGCAGCUGUGAUGGGGAGAGAGCUGGUCUCUUCCUCACCUAAGCCCAGUCCAAUUCCAAGUCCUAUUCUCGGGGGGAGGCCUAAUGCGAGUCAGUCCCUGUUGGUCUGGUGCCGUGAGGUAACAAAGAACUACAGAGGAGUCAAAAUCACCAACUUUACCACUUCCUGGAGGAACGGGCUGGCAUUCUGUGCCCUGUUACACCACUUCAGACCCGAUCUCAUUGACUUCAAGGCUCUCAAUCCUCAAGAUAUUAAAGAAAACAACAAAAAGGCAUAUGAUGGCUUUGCCGGACUGGGCAUCUCUCGUCUUCUGGAGCCGUCUGACAUGGUUCUUCUGGCCAUCCCGGAUAAGUUAACAGUGAUGACAUACCUGUAUCAGAUCCGGGCACAUUUCAGUGGCGAGGAACUCAAUGUUGUGCAGAUUGAAGCCAACAGCAGCCGUAGCACGUACAAAGUUGGAGACUUUGAGACAGACACGAACAGUUCCAUUGACCAGGAUAAGUUCUACGCCGAGCUUAAUGACGUUCAUCGCGAGUCCCCAAAACAACUGGAUACCACAGCAACUGACAGCGGGCAUUGUGAGAUAGCAGAGCAGGAACUGAUGUCUGUCAUGUCAGGUGGGGAAUCUGGUUCUCUAUCAGUCUCCUCAAAGGAAGUUCUAAAAGUAACUCCAUCUUUACGGACGUCUAUGGCAGUAGCGGGAGAUCGUGGCUCUCCAGCAUAUCCGUCAGUCACAGAACCUCACCCACGAACCAGCCUAGACCCUUCCACCAGCCAACCCCUUGCUACAGAACAGAAAAAACUCCUUAAAGCUGAUACACUGGACAAGGGUGACCUGUCUCACAGGAUGGAGAGAGAAAAAGAGAAAGGGCAGUCGGGUGGGUUCACCACCACUGAUACCAGAGACUUCAGGGAGCAGCGCAAGCCUCCAGGGGCUGGCGAGAGAGAGUCCAGUUUGCGCACGUUGCAUGCUGGGCCUUCGCUAGCAAAUACACACAAACUGGAGUUCACAUAUAACAGGGAUGCUGAUCUAAUCAAGAAGAAGAGAGUGACUUUACAGCAUUCUGAAUCUGGCGGCACCUCAGACAGCUGUGCCCAGACGAACCACACAUACACACAUGCUAAAAACACACAGGAAGUUGCUCCUACUGCAUCAAACACCAGUGAAGAGAAGAAGGUUCUGUCUCGUCAGGAGGAACUGAAGGAGAGGGCCCGACUGCUGUUGGAACAGGCUCGUAGAGACGCUGCCAUAAAGGCCGGAAACAAGGGCACCACCAAUGCACAGUCACCCACACACACGCCACAGAUUAUCGAUGAGCGUGAUGAAGAACGGCGCAGGCAGCUGAGAGAGAGAGCCAGGCAGCUGAUAGCGGAGGCUCGAUCUGGAGUAAAGAUGGCUGAACUGCCUCUCUACACUGACUCCACCUCUAUUUCCUGUAGUGCAGCUGGGAACAACUUAAAAGGAAGGUCAAAGACAGCUGGAGACGUGGUGGAUGGGUUAAGUGUGGAGGGUGAGGAUGAGGAGGGCAGAAGUAAAAAAGAAUCUGCGGCACCUCAUGCUGAUGAUGUUACUGAUACUAACACAGAUGAGGAUCUGUCAUCUUCAUGUCUAAUGGAGGACGAUUUUACUUACUCUGCCGGUGACCUGGCUUCUCUGGGUGUAAUGAACAGCAGGCAUGUGGACCUGAAACUCAAGAAGCUCACAGGGUUUCGGCCACAGGAUGGCAGCUCUCCAUCCUCAUCAUCCUCUUCAUCAUCAUUGACAGCAUCCAGUACUUCUCCCCUCAGCCCUGAACCAAGUGGCCUACAGAAUAAUGCAGAUGAGCUGCAUGCGGAGCGUCUUCGCAGAGCUACAGAACGUUUGCGCAGUCCUGUUGUCUUCCACAAGGAGUCUGCUGUCAGGAAAACACAGCUGAAAUCAUUCAGCCAAUAUGUAGAGACCAGGCCAGAGGUUAAAAGGCAGAGAUCGGUGCCUGAAGAUCUGAAGCGAGCGAGCGAGGAGAGAGGAACUCUGACAGAGACAGAGGGACGAAAACCAAUUGAAGAUGAACAGAAGGCAUUCAAAGACACCAGUCAGUACGUGGUGGGAGAACUGGCGGCACUGGAGAGCGAGCAGAGGCAGAUCGACACGCGGGCCUCACGUGUGGAGAGGCGUCUGCGCUAUCUCAUGGACACAGGGAAUAAUAAGGAAGAGGAGGAAGCCAUGAUGCAGGAAUGGUUCAUGCUGGUCAACAAGAAGAACGCUCUGAUCCGCCGACAGAAUCAGCUCUCUCUGCUGGAGAAGGAACAUGAUCUGGAGAGACGCUUUGAGCUGCUGAACCGAGAAUUAAGGGCAAUGCUGGCAAUUGAAGACUGGCAGAAGACAGAGGCACAAAAGCGCAGAGAACAGCUCCUCCUGGAUGAGCUCGUCAUCCUGGUCAACAAACGUGACGCAUUGGUCAGAGACCUUGAUGCCCAGGAGAAAGAGGCUGAAGAGGAAGACGAGCACCUGGAGAGAACCCUGGAACAGAACAAAGGCAAAAUGGCAAAGAAAGAAGAGAAGUGCGUUCUUCAGUGACUUGUCAUUUCCGAGCCAAAAAAAUGCUAAAGGAGAAAGCUAACACGUGUACACUAAAAUGUCUUGAAAUGUAUUAGUCAUAAACACCAUGGCAUACACUUUAUUAUUACUUUAAAUCUUCAUAUAUAAAAUCUUUUUUAUGGCAAAGGGCUAAGCAACUGGUUGAGACCCUAAGAUACCUCCUGUUUAGUUAAUACAGAGAGAUUGUUGAACAUACACAAAAACAUUAUAAUUAUGAUUAUUAGGGUUGGUUUGUUUUCACAAACGGUACUUAAGGAUCUAAUAUUUAAUGAGGUAUAAAGCUGUGUAAUUUUAAACAUCCUGACAAAAUUGUUAAAUCCAUUUUCAGACAGAGAAAAAUGUACCCAAAUAACCAAACUUUAAUCAGAACAGAAUGUGUUUCCCUUUCUUGCAGUAGUUAUGACUCAGAUGUUUCGGUACAGCACAGUAGAGGAACAAUUGGGGACAUUUUCCGUUUGUGAAUAGGAUUGGAUUUCAAAAUCAUAUCACAUUUCAGUUUUGAGACAAUAUAUCAACAGGUUCUCUUCUAACAUAAGCUGCGUGAAAAUAAAUGUUUUAAUUACUCAACUUUUUAUGAGUAGAUUCUUUUCCAGAGGGGGAGUUAUUUUGUUUUAAUGUUUUUUUUUUUUUUUAAUUUUUAAUAUGUUUACCAAACAUUUUAAAGCUUGCUUAAAGUAAGAAGAUUAAAAUACUGCGAGUGCUUUUGCUGAAAAAAAAAAAAAAAAAAAAAACAUAA